UGCACGGAGCUCAUUUACAAUCAGAGAGCAGCAAGGAAAAAAUUAGCCAGGAUAAAGGAAGGAGUGCAGUUAUGGAAAGGCAAAUACGACUUGAACAAGAACAUAUAUAAGCAGAAGACCAUAAACCAGAAGACUCAAGAAAAAUGUCACGACCAGCAAACAGAAAAACCGAGAAUCACAAAAUAGACUGGCAUUUGCCCAGCAUUUCAUCCUCUGCAUCAGCACAUCAUAUGAGCAGAGAGCUGUUUGUGCUCACCUAUGGUGCUCUGGUUGCCCAGCUGUGUAAAGAUUAUGAACAGGAUGAAGAUGUGAACAAAUGUUUAGAUGACAUGGGAUACAGUAUUGGCAUCAGGCUGAUUGAAGACUUUUUAGCUCGCUCUGCUGUGAAGAAGUGCCGGAGCUAUUCUGAAACUGCAGACAUAAUUGCACAGGGUGCUUUCAAGAUGUAUCUGGGUGUUACCCCUAGUGUGACUUGCACUAAUGCCAAGGGGAAUGAGUUCUCCCUCAUUUUGGAUAAGAAUCCCCUGGUUGACUUUGUGGAAGAAUUGCCGGCAGCGCGAUCUUCACUUUGCUAUUGCAGUCUUCUUCGUGGUGCCAUUAGAGGUGCUCUGGAAAUGGUAAAUCUUGCCAGCCAGCUUUUUUAAUUUCAUUCAGGACACG